AUCUUUUAUUUAGAUAGGUAGUAGUGACAACAUUUUUCAUUCAUUUGUAUCAUGGCAAUGGUGCAGAACUUGAGUUCCUUCAAUCAAUCCAUAAAAAUAACUCCACUAAAGAUUCACAUUUUCACUUGUUCUGUAAAACCCAGAAGACAUUAUCAUUCAUCUCAAAUCUCAUGUAAUUAUUAUCGAAAAUUGGUUUUAGAAUUUGAUCCCAAAAUCCCAAUUGAAGAAGCUAUCACCCCACCAAGUUCUUGGUACACUGAUUCUUGUUUUCACACUCAUGAACUCAAUCAAGUCUUCUUCAAAGGCUGGCAAUCUGUUGGCUACGCUGGACAGAUCAAAGAUCCCGGGCAAUAUUUCACUGGAAGAUUGGGCAACGUUGAGUAUGUUGUAUGUCGAGAUGAUGCUGGAAACAUACGUGCUUUUCAUAAUGUAUGUCGCCAUCGUGCCUCUCCUCUUGCUUCAGCAAGUGGGAAAAAAUCUUGCUUUGUUUGUCCAUACCAUGGAUGGACGUAUGGAUUGGAUGGAGCACUUCAAAAGGCAACUCGAAUAACAGGAAUCAAGAACUUCAGAGUGAAUGAGAUGGGACUAGUCCCAGUGAGAGUAGCUGUAUGGGGACCAUUCAUACUUCUCAACUUCGAAAAUGGAGUUUUGCCCGAAAAUGAAGCUGAUUUUGACUUGGUUGGAAAUGAAUGGCUAGGUAAUUCAUCCCAAAUCUUGAUUGAUGGUGGAGUAGAUUCUUCGUUGAGUUUUUUAUGCAGACGUGAAUACACCGUUGAGUGUAACUGGAAGGUCUACUGUGACAACUACUUGGAUGGUGGUUAUCAUGUACCGUAUGUUCAUAAAAGCUAUGCUUCGGUUUUGAAACUCGACUCCUACUCCACCACUAUACUUGAGAAAGUCAGCAUCCAACGAUGUGAUGCAGAAAACGACCUAGAUUUUGAUCGAAUUGGAUCAAAACCAGCGUUAUAUGCAUUCGUGUAUCCCAACUUCAUAAUAAGUAGGUAUGGUCCUUGGAUGGACACGAAUCUUGUACUGCCUCAAGGACCUCGAAAAUGUCUAGUGAUAUUCGACUACUUUCUUGAUUCAUCUCACAAGAGUGAUGAGAGUUUUAUCGCACAGAGUCUCGAGGAUAGUGAGACAGUGCAGAUUGAGGAUAUGAAGUUAUGUGAAGCUGUUCAAAGAGGCCUUGAAUCACCUGCAUACUGCUCUGGCCGUUAUGUGCCACAAGUUGAGAAGGCUGUGCAUCAUUUUCACAGCCUUUUAUAUGAAAGUCUUUCUAAUUGAUCUACUUCUUUGCAUUGAUAAGAUACUAUUAUCUGAAAUUUAUCGAGGUUUAUGUGUUUGGAAGUAUGACAAUCACGAGCUAUAGUGCUCUUUUCAUCCUUCCUUUUUGAUUCAUUUAUAUCCAGAAGAGAAUUUUGUUCUUGUG